AUGAAGCGCGGUGACCGUUCCCGUUUGCUGGCUCUCCCGGACGAGCUUCUCGAGUGCAUCCUCAGCACCGUCACCCACCCAACCGACCGCUGCAACGUCGCGCUCGUCUGCUCGCACCUCCGCCGCAUCUCGCGCCGCACGCCGCACUCGCUCCUCGUCCACUUCAAGCCUCAUCACCACCGGCACUCCAACGUUGAGGAUUGGUCGGGCGAGCUCGACGUGCAAUCGAGGGCAUUUCCCCGCGUUACCAGUCUGAAAGUGCGCGUCGCGACGACUCUGCAGGACUCCCUGCUCGCGGAUAUUGGCGCAACGUGCGGGCAGCUGAAAGAGUUACGACUGUUUGCGGUGGAUUGGGGAAGGUUCGAAGCCACUGAUAGUGGUUGGAAGUCGCUUGCUCGGCAAUGCCCUUCAAAACCCCUCUCAGCCGUGCUUCGUCUGUCGUCCCGUAAGCUUCAGACGCUCACGCUUGCGGGUCUGCUGUCGUUCCGCUCGGGUAUGCUUGCGGGGUGCAGCAGCCUUGAGUCGCUCACGCUCGAACGAGCAGAGGGGUCGCUGGAAGGGCUGCUCGCCAUGCUCGUCCGGGUGGACGAGGCGGAAGGCGGUGCGGAAUCGCCUUACGGUGCGGAUGCGGGUGCAAGUGCAGCAGCGGAGGGGAGCGGCGGCAGGAGGCGGAGAAGCUUCGUCGAUAUCUGCGCAGCAGCAGCAGCGACCCACGCGGACGCCGCCUCAUCAUGGAAGGACGUGCGCGCGCUGCGCGCACUGGCUGCGGGGUCCGCGCGCUAUGCUCAGUCUGAAGCGGAGCGGGCACAUGAGUAUGAGGCUGUAAGCUUGACAUACGCCUUAUUUGCGGUCACGAAAGCCAUUGCGGCCUGCAAGGCCGUGUCUGAUGGGACGUGCGACGCGCGCGCAGAGGCAGAGAAGGCACGAGCUAUGGCACGGCUAGCUGCUGUUGCUGCCGGCGCCUCGGGGCUUUUCACCGGAGAGGAGGACGAAGAGGAGGAUGAUGGGGAAGUAGGAGACGCAGCGCUGUUCACUUACGAGCAGUAUUGUGCUCUGGCAACUCCAAAUGCGGUUCAAAACGGUGUGGAGGAGUCUGAGGCAGUUGACAGUGUGCCCAUAUCGCCACGUGAGGAGCUGCUUGCGGAGCUGAAUACUCGUUCAGAGCAGCUGCGCGUACGUCUCUCGGCCAUGCAUGAGACCGCUAAGACGCUGCUCAUGCGGGAGAAUCUUGGGGACCCAGCAGAAGGGCCGCCAGCAGCAGCGGUUGAGGCGGCAGCGGUGCAAGAGGAGGGAGUGCAAGCGGAGGGAAGAUUAGGAGAGUCAUGCAACAGUUCAGCAGUAGCUAAGGCGUGUCAAGGAUAUGAAAAGGCAACGCCAGUGGAAGUGAUCUGCCCUUGCCUGGCCUCCCUGGUGCUGAAAAACAUCCAGUUUAUUCCUGCUUUUGACCCUGCUUGCCUGCCUGGAUAUCUUCCCUCUACCUCCCCACCUCUGGUGUAA